AUGGUGGUGCCGGGCCGCCAGGAAGACGGCGCUUCCCUGGAGCAGCUGCUGGAUCACGGCUGGAAACGGGUAGGGCAGGGGAACCGCCUGUGGCAGCCCCGGGACCCCCCGGGCCCCGCCGCUCCCUCAGCGCCGCUGCCCGUCCCGCGGGGCGCCCCCUGGCGGACACGGCACCGCUCCUCAGCUCUGCGGGGACACCGAGCCCCCCUCACGGCCCGGCAGCGCCGCGGCCACCGCGCUCCCCUGUACCGGGACACCGCACUCCCCUGUGAGAGCCACAGCGCCCGCAUCCCCCCGCUCCGUGUCCGCAUCCCCGGGGGAUCCCCGCCGAACGACCGGGGCUGGGGCCGCUGCUCCCGCUGCGGCUGUACCCAGUGUGGGCCUGGAGGAGGCCAGAAGCCCCCGAAGGGCUGGCAGCCCUCACGUCCCUUGGGAUCUGCAGGAGGAGCUGUGCCUGCGGCGUGCCGAACACACGUCCCGGUGUGGGCACCGGGGUACCGGGACAGCGCUGGCACAGACACGGCUGAAGCGCUGCCUGUGGCCCCGCAGCCAGGGGCUGCUCUGAACAGGCACACGGAGAUAGCUCAGCCCAGACAGACACCACCGACAGCCCAGAAGGACCCCGAGGAGCAGCGGGCAUUGCCUGGAAUGGAGGCACGGGCCGUUUGCAGAGGGGCUCAGACAGCAGUUCCCGUUUCUGACCUCCCAGAGCUCCCACACAGCUCCCAGAUAUGGAAUCCCAAGCAGUAUACCUGGGAGAUGCCUCAAAAUCAGAGGUUCAAGCGGGAUGAAGUUUGGAACUUCCCAGGGAGUCAGCUGAAGUGCAGAAGUGAAGGAAAACUUUUGCAGGUGGGUCCCACUGGAGGUGUGCUGAAGGCAGGGACGUGCAUCCCUUUCAUGAGGGGUAAAAAUGUGCAGAGGCUGCUGCUGAAGCUCUGA